GCAUGUCUGUAAAGCAGAAAUAUUGAUCCCGAAUCGUUUUCUAUAGCAGCGGCUCUGACUGACACGAAGCUGCAGAGAUGGAGUCAGAUAAUUUGUUGAUCUGGUGAGGUUUUCUGUAAGGAGAGGUUUAUGUAACGAAUGGAAGGAGUCUCCAGUGUCAGCGCUGUGUAGGAGGUUAAGCUGUAACUGUAAGUUCUAGGAGUUUACGCUUCUUUGCAGUUUCUCGGUAAGUCGUGCGUUUCUUGUGUGUUAUUAACGUCAGGACAGGAACACACGCAGAGCACAUCCAGAGCAACCUACAGCAGGUACAGAACAGGGGUAAGAAUGGGACUUUCUACUGGCUUCGCUCUGACGUAGUGGAGUAAAUCAAUUAGAAAGUGAAGCAUGUAACUGGAGCAUGAUGGAUUUUACACAAAGCACACAACCCACUGCUUUUCUUUUUCUUUCCGUUUUUAUUUUUCUUAAUUUUGCGACCUGCAAAAGAUCAGAGCGCGGAUCUGUGGAUCGUCCUUGUUGGAAAAAGAGCGACAGGAAGCACCAUCCUCAACAAAGAGGUUUUCCACAAAGAGGCCAGUUCCCCGUCGGUGACGAAAGCCCAUAAGAUGGCCACCACCGCCCUUCAUGGCUGUAACCUGGUGGUGGUGGACACUCCGGGAUGGUGCGACACAUAUCUCUCCAAGGUCGAAAUUGUCCAGGAAACAAUCCAGUGCAUCGACAUGUCCUGUCCUGGACCUCACGUGGUCCUGCUGGUGGUGCUGAUCGGUUGCGUCACCGAGGAGGACUCCAAAGCUGUCCAAAUGAUCCAGGAACUGUUUGGAGAAGGAGCCACUAGAUACAUGAUGACCAUGUUCACGAAAGGAGAUGAUCUGGAGGACAAAGGCAUCGAUACCUGGCCAAUGCCAAGGCCGAACUCAAGAACCUGACAGACAAGUGCGGGAGAAGAUACCACAUGCUCACCCACAGGGAGCA